UAAUCCCAUUAUGCACUGUCAUAUAGGUUUAUUUGUUUUGUUUGUUUUGUGGUCGUAGUUUCCUGUAUAAUGUAGCUGAGAAGUGUUUUAAAUUUGGUUUGACAUUUGGUGAGUUGCAUGAAAGGGAUGAACAAUUACAAAAAUCUCUGAGUAUGAUAGCGCGGUUCUGCACCCGAAUGCACACAGGUGAAAAUGAACAAAUGUGACAGUACAAUCGAAAUUAUUAUUAUUAAGCGUCUUGUAGAAUGUUGGAUUCCGCUGGAUUUGUACCCGAAGUCCUCUUUGUGCGCUCGUGUGUUUUUAAAUGUGUCUCCAAGCUGACGGAGAAUCUCGCUGGUAGGGCACAUGAAAGUCUCCUCCUUCUUUCCUCCAUUCUCUUCCGUUUCCCCUCCCUUGCCUCCAUCCGCCCAUUCGUCCAUCUCUACUCUCCACUCAAGCAUCCCGAUUUUCGCAUCGCCUCCUCCGGCAUAAUGACCAACGAUUCCCCCGAGGAGGAGAGCCGAGGAAGGAGGGUGACUCGGCCGAGCCGAGCAGACGACAAUGUCACCAUUCUGACAUCAUCCAUGGAUGUUUACAGAAGCCGGAGCCGAGCCAGUAGCAGCAACGACGCUGGCGCCAGCUUCACGUCCUCCGCGGACCUGAGCACCUCCUCCCUGGAACUGAGCAUUCAGACGCGGAUUUUUAAGAUAAUCGUUAUCGGGGACUCCAACGUGGGGAAGACGUGUCUCACUUUCCGCUUCACUGGGGGGAGCUUUCCGGACAACACCGAGGCCACCAUCGGCGUGGACUUCAGGGAGAAAGCGGUGGAAAUUGAAGGAGAAACGAUCAAGGUGCAGGUAUGGGACACAGCUGGCCAGGAGCGAUUUCGUAAAUCCAUGGUGGAACACUACUACCGUAAUGUCCACGCAGUAGUCUUUGUUUAUGAUGUCACCAAAAUGGCUUCCUUCCGCAAUCUGCAAACAUGGAUAGAGGAAUGCAACGGUCAUCGAGUUUCAGCAUCAGUACCUCGAGUACUAGUGGGGAACAAGUGUGACUUAGUGGACCAAGUACAGGUGCCGUCCAACAUGGCGCUGAAGUACGCAGACUCCCACAACAUGCUGCUGUUCGAAACAUCUGCAAAGGACCCACGAGAGAGUCAGAAUGUGGACUCAAUCUUCAUGUCACUGGCCUGUCGACUGAAAGCCCAAAAAUCCCUUCUCUACAGGGACGUGGAACGGGAGGACGGGAGAGUGCGACUCACACAGGAGACUGAGACAAAGAGUAAUUGUCUUUGUUGAGGAAAAAAUGCAAUUGGUCGGAGUAAUCGGAGAGAAUAUGCUGCAUCAGAAUAACGGUGUACGGCAUGGAGGUGGAGGAGAGUGAGGAUGGGGGUGUAAAACAAGAGUCUUAAUGUAUUUUUACCGGUUCAGGAGCAAGAUGAUGCUUCUGACUGACAAUGAAAGCAACAUGUCCUACGGAACAGAAAGAGAGGCCCUGGACUUCAGCACAAGGACAGAAGAAAAAUGUGCUCAUGAUGUAUCGAAGGAAAGAUAAACAUUGAGGUUACACAGUGAUUAUGAGUUCUGAAAUGAGUCUGCAUUGUUUCACUUUUGAUGAACCGUAUAAGGUAUUUU